GGCAGCACAAAUCUGGGUUUCAGUUUGCGCUGCUUUGUUGUUGAUGUUGUGUAACUAAACAGUUUAGGACACUGAGUACUCAAUGAGCCUCACUGGAAACAUAGACUGUCCUCAACAAAUGUGAUUAUGAGGAUUAGUUCUGUCUCACCCUAUUUCCCCCCACUCCUCCCUGUCCCCUCUGACCCUCUCAGUCAUCAGAGGGAGGGGAGGGAGGGACAGAGUGGGGGGAGAGUUGGCAACAAGUUUCACUGCACUGGACAAACAGCUCUUUCUAUAAAACUACUUUCACAUGGAGCAGUGUGUAAGACUUUAACUGUCAGUUUGUUUUUGUUUUGAUUUUCUACAUUUGCAACUUUUUUUAAAGAACAACAAAGAUGAUUAGGACCAUGUUUCAACAUGCGAAGAAACAUCCAGGGUUAAUCCCUCAAUUUUUCUUCCUGACCGUGGGCAUUACAGGGGCCUCUCUCUAUCUGUUCCGACUGGCAAGAGGACCUCAUGUCACCCUCUUGAAUAAAAAGAACAACCCAGAGCCCUGGACCAAGCUUGACCCUACCUACCAGUACAAGUUCCUGGCCGUCAACACCGACUACAAGAGCCUGAAGAAAGAGGGUCCUGACUUCUAAAGGUCCUUCACGUAACUCCAAAGACACCAAGUUUGAAAUGACCUCCUGCUGUCGCGUCAGUGAUGUGAAACGUCUUCCUGAGCGUUUUCUCAGCCUGGCCUCGUCCUGCACAACACCAGCUCUGAAUCCACGCUGUAACACUGAGAACUAAAACUAUUAAAGAUUGCU